AUGACGGGCGGGAGGCCAAGGGGGGAGGAGGAGGAGGACGAGAGGACCAGCGAGCACCCACCAGCGAUGAAGCUGAAGAAGACGAAGAUGCAGAAGAUGUUGGAUGUUGAAGAAGUUGACGAUGAAGCUGAAGUUGGCGAAAGUCGAAAAGUUGACGUCGAAAAAGAGCCAAAAAGAGAGAAAACCCAAAGGGGGCAGGAAGGGGAAAAGUUCCUCUUUGGGCAAGUUUGGCCUGUUUGGCUGGUGAUGCUGAGUAAUCCUUGGCCGGCAAGAGACGCAGAAGCAGCAAAAGAGACGAAGAAGAGAAAGCAAGUAAGAAAACAAGAGUGA